AUGUCGACACGAUCACAGACUGCUCCAGUCAAAGGGGCACUUGGCAGCAGGUCAGGGCCUUCUUCGAAUCCUGCCAUGUUUGCUGCAAGACAGCGCGCCAGCGAACGAGCAACUGAGUACUAUGCGGCUGCAUUGUGUGGACUCAUUGCAAUAUUUAUUAUUGGUCAUUGCACACGGUUACUCGUCAAUAAACGCAGAGUUCCCACUGCUCUGUCAAAGGCUCUGUCACCUCUUGCCUCUCUGACAAGAGCUUUUCGACGUGUCCUUAUUAGAACAAUACCUGGAUUCUCAUCGGCCGGCCAUGCGCUGCUCUACACUGUCUUUGUGGCCAUCAACCUUGCAUUGUCCUUCACCGGAUUGGACAUGAGUAGAAUGACAAACUUUGCAGCACGGUUUGGGUGGAUGGCGGGUGCAAACUUUACAUUAGUUGUGUUUCUAGCCCUGAAGAAUACGCCUUUGGCCAUUCUCACUUCGUACUCAUACGAACGCCUCAAUCCGCUCCACCAAGUCGCCGGGUAUGCAACGAUAAUCUACAUGAUCGUUCAUGCUGCCCUCUAUUCAACCUACUUUAUCAGGCAAGGAAAUUGGGAACUACUACACGAGGAUGUCGUCACAGCCGGAAUAAUUUUGGGGUUUGCGAUGUUUGCAAGUGGUGUUGAAGCAGUUGUCCUACGUCGGCUAAAGUAUGAGCUGUUCUACAUUUUUCACAUUGCCCUUUUCAUCAUGAUGGUUGUUACGUUGGCUCUACACCGACCCGAGCUGGAUGCAGAGAAGGUUGGCAUCCUUGCCUGCAUUGCAGCGGCCAUAUGGCUAUCGGACCGACUGAUACGCUUUUCCCGGCUCAUUUUCAAUGGCAUCAACAACGAGGCAACAGUUUAUCCGUUGCCAAAUGGUGGCACUCAAAUCCUCUUGAAGAAGGCCCUGCCUCGGGCUGUUCCCGGCAAGCAUUGUUUUGUGUGGCUUCCCAAGGUCCGAUUGUUUGAAACCCAUCCUUUUACCAUAGUUUCGACCUCUCCCGCUGAGUUGAUCGUCAACUCAUACAGUGGAUUCACCAGAGACCUUGCGAAAUACGCCAGAAAUAACCCAGGCGGGACUAUCAGGGUAUCCGUGGAAGGCCCAUAUGGUACCUUUCCAGAUCCUAUCGAUUUUGACAAGGUGAUUUUGGUUGCGGGCGGAUCAGGUGCAACGUUUACAUUCGGCAUAGCAUCGAAUAUGCUACAGAAGAUGACUGGAGAUUCCAACAAGCAAAUUGAAUUUAUAUGGGCUGUCAAAGAUCGAGACAACCUUUCCUGGUUCACAGAUCACCUAGAUGCCAUCCGUACGCAUACCCAUGGAUCAAAAGUCGCACUCAGAAUCCAUACCACAAAAGCUCCGGCGGGGGUGCCUGGCGUAUCCGAAAAGGUUUCGACGCAGUCGCUGCAGCCUGUGACCUCACGAUCGUCGGGAGACCUAUCACCAGUGUCGCCUGUUGAUGAGACAGACAAGGAGGAGCGCUUCGCCCAGCCCAGUGGCACAUCGGCGACAGUGCGACCUAGUGAGGACCCCGAAAAAGACGAUCUUAAAGCUAUCGUCUGCCGCAUGGGGCGUCGGACGGUCACAACAGGCUCCAUCAACCUUGCAGUCGAACAAGGUCGUCCAGAUGUGGCGGCGCUAAUCAGAGAGGCUGUCAAGCCUGUGGAUAAGGACAAGAGAGUGCUUAUUGCUGCCUGUGGACCAGACGGUCUCAUGAAAAUCGUCAGGAACACAGCUGCCAGCCUCGUCACGAAUGAUGGACCUGCUGUUGAGCUCCACUGUGAGCAAUUUGGCUGGUAA